AUCUUAGUAUUAUGUUCGCCGGUAUUUUAGUUUUAUAGUAUUAUGACAUACUUGCCUUCAGUUUAGCUUCUGGCUAAAUCGGAUUUCCUGUAAGCUAUCGGACGGGCUUACGGAGCGGAAAGGGGAGCUUGGCUUGCUGCUGGUCGGAUAACCUGCUUGCUUCGCCUGCUGGGAAAUGGAAAUAAAAUCACGGGAGUAUUUUUAGCUGCUUCUGAAAAGUGUAGAGAGCCGGAGUAAACAGACACAGUUUGGGACCUAAAGAAAUGUAGCUAAUAGAUUCCGGUGCAGCUUGACAACCUGACAGUACAACGCUAAAGACGGCGCUAGCAUAUAUGGUGGCGUUUGUGUGUGCCGGGAAUGCAGCCGCCACUCCCACCGGCCACGGUCAGAGAGCUUGUGCGCUCCUGCCUGCACAGGGACCCCGUGGCGGCCGAUCUGCGCUGUAGCCUCUUCGCGGCCGCCGCCCUGACGUACAAGCGCGACUCCGUCCUGCGACCCUUCCCCCCCCGGUAUGCCAGUGAGGACAACAAGGAGUUUGAAGCUCUGCUGGCGGAUGUGAGCUCCUUGCCCGGAGUGCGUGAGCUGGUCAGGUUGGGUCCUGGAGAAGGAGAGCAUCAUUUGGCCCUGGCUCACUGGGUCCUUUCCUCCAGGAACUUUGCUGUGAGGACAUUGCAGAGGGAUGAGUAUUCAAGAAUUCUGGAGUUGACUGGGAGUGAGGGCACUUCCAUGCCUUCCCCGGACUUCCUCUUUGAACUGGAAUACUGCAGCCAGAUGAACGCUAUGUUCGAGAAGACCAGGGAUGGACGGGAUGUCCUCUAUGCGUUCCACGGCAGCCGACUGGAGAACUUCCACUCCAUCAUUCACAACGGUUUACACUGUCAUCUCAACAAGACUUCACUGUUUGGCGAAGGUACUUACCUCACCAGUGACCUCAGCCUUGCUGUCCUCUACAGUCCCCAUGGCAACGGGUGGAGGGAAAGCCUUCUGGGGUCACUGCUGAGCUGUAUCGCGGUGUGCGAGAUCAUAGAUCACCCUGACGUUAAAUGCCAAGUAAAGAUGAAAGACUCAGAGGGCAUUGACCGCAGACGAGCGAGGGCGAAGAACAGCGAGGGUGGAGAGGUUCCCCAGAAGUACUUCGUGGUCACAAACAACCAGUUGCUGAGAGUGAAGUACCUCCUGGUGUACUCUCAGAAGCGACGGAGCACCAGGCAUCCCCACGGAUCCUCCUGGCUGGCCAGACAUUACUUCAUCAUCACCAUGAGCCUCUAUCUGCUCCUCCUCGUGUUCAUCGGUGCCUUCAGCUCUGCCGGUUUCCAGGCCUUCUGGCACAGACUCUUUCGCUCAUAAAGGAACCUCCUCCCCCCCCACACACCUCUUUCUGUCUACAUCCUAAACCAAGUGCCUUCAUUCCUUCCAUGUGGAGUUAUUUACUCUCUGGGGUGCCACACAAGAAGUGCACGCUUUCUUACGUGUUUGUCACUUUUGCAUGUUCAGGGGUUUUUUUUUGUGUGUGGGGGGUGUGGAAUCCUUUGUUCCAUUUGUAUCUCAACCAAUUUAGGCAUUAUUUUAAUGAGUGAAAAAGCCUUGAUAUUUUCCACUACACUUAGUUUAUCUUUGCUUAAGGUUACACAUCCUUCAAGAGAACAGCAGGAAUGUGGGAAAACGUUGUGAAUGAUAUUGCUGGUCAUUUGAGGAUCUCGGCAGUGAUGACUCCAUGUGUUAGGACACUCUGCCCAAGAUCAGUAGGUCGCUGGUUCCGAUCUUUGUUCAGUGUCAGCUUGCUGUCUGACGCUUGGUCUCUGAGGUUCUCAUUUUCUCUGUCUUGCUACCUUUACCAUUGUGACAGCGCUGUAGAACGUGGUGGUGUAAUCCCUAACACUUGAUGGAAACACACCAGGAUCAGUGUCAUCCUACCUGCCCUGUUAAAGACCUGAAUCAUCACUGAGCUUGGAUAUACCAUAGUGCCACAAACCACGACAGCCCUCUGCUGGUGCUCCAGUGUGGUGUGCACUAGAGCAGUGUGUCCCAACCUGGUCCUUGGGGACCCACAGACGGUCCACAGUUUUUUGGGGGGUGGGGGGCAAGAACGUGGACUGUCUGUGGGUCCACCUCCAAAGGAGACAAGGGUGCAAGUGGCGUUUUGUAGCAUCUUUUCCAAUGAUGGGAUUUCACUUUGGUGGUUCUUGUCAAGUGUGCUUCUCAGUUUGCCGUCCUCGAUGUAUCGCGACCUUCAGCGGGUCAGACAGGCCAGUGAGUCACGCUUUGCUUUGUGUGUCCUGCAUGUUAGAUGUUGUCCUUUGUCACACAAUGUAGUCAUCAACCACUGAAUGUCAUUACCUUGGGUGGGGGGUACUUCUCAAUACCUCUUCUGAUGCAGGCUUCAUUAAUUCAUGUUACCUAAUAUCUUAUCCAUUUGAAUGUUUGUAUGAAUAACUGUAUUUUUACUUUAAUACCAAAUGAAUAUUAAAUCAGUUUUAGUUCGUUCA